AUGCGCGCAGGCCAAGUGCUGAGCGACUUUAAAAAGCAGUACUAUCUGCGGACCGUCCUGUGUCACGCCUGCUGCUAUCUCUUCCUGCAGGCCUUUGCCAUUCCAGGAACCGGAUUCGCGAACCUCCUUGCUGGGGCGUUGUUUGGGCUGCGUCUCGGCUUCACCCUCAGCAUCAUCUACACUGCCAUUGGCUCUGUCAUCCUCUACUACUUUAGUCAGAUCUUCUGCUCGCGCAUCAUUCGCCGCUUCUUUGAUCGAAAGCUGCAAACGUUCCAGGCCUGGGCACGCCACCACAAGGCGAAUUUGUUCCUGCGUCUCAUCAGCAUUCGCGUGUUCCCGUUCACCCCAAACUGGUUCGUGAACAUGGCAUGUGGUCAGCUGGGCGUGCCCAUGCACAUCUACAUUCCGUCAUCCGCAAUUGGGCUUGUACCGUACACGUUUAUGGGCUGUCAGGCAGGCACAAUUUUGACGAAGCUCCACUCCAUGCAAGAUGUGAUGCAGCCACAGGUUGUGGGCGGCCUCGUUGCCAUUGGCGCCGUUGGGUUUCUCCUCCCAGCUAUUGCCAAUCGCCUCAAACACGCGCGGGAUGCUCGCAAGCACGCCAGCGCUGAUGCCCAGGCAGCACGCCACUGAACGGCGCAGAUUGUGCAUGAGUUGUAAGGCGGUGUGGGCGGUGUGGCGUGGCGUGGCGGUGUCUGAGGUACAGCCGCUCAUCAUGCUCACGUACACAGACACAGACACACCCAGACACAGACACACACACACACUCACACUUGAUAAUGGAACCACUGCAAGCAAGCAAGCAACUGCAAUAACCCCCUGCUCGCUUGCUUCCUCCCUCCCCCACUUGCUUGGGAUUUACUGUCGAGUUGUACGAUAGACCAGUAAAUUUAUAUGCAUGGUG